AUGGGAACAGAUAAUGCUCCUGUAUCCAACGUGCCUGGCGUCGGGUUUGCUUUAACAACGGAAUAUGGCACCGCUUCCGUCUACUACCCCAACGGCACAAUCGCCCACAUCGCCAAAAUAGACGGCGGCCCCGCCUACAAAGCCUUCAUGCGACGCGCCUACAACACCGCCUACGAACACCCGCCAACACUACCCAACACCGAACCUCCCUCGCCCCCUCCCGAGCCGCCCUCCCACUACUACCCCACCACCAACACCAACACCACCCCCUCAUUCUCCUGCACCUUCUUCCACCACUUUCAACCCCUCUUCCCAUUAUUCCGCCUCCUAAUGCCCCGCCUCUGCCGCCCUCCCUCUCCCCCUUCCCCUCCCAACCCCAACUCCCCCAACACCCCCGCCGACGACAUCGCAGCCCUGACCCCGCUCCUCGCCCUCCUCAAACGCUCCGCCGAACUCCACCUCGGCAUCUCCUCCUCCCCCCUCUGCCACGCCCUCAUCGCCGGCCCGCGCAACUCGUACUCCCCCGCCGCCGACGCCGACCGCGCCGCCGUGCACGCCGCGCUGCGCCGCGUCGGCCUGCGCGACGAGCAUCCGCAGCCGGCAGAGAACAUGAUCUCGACCGCGACGCCGGCGGCGGCGGGGAUGCUCGAUCUGGAUGCGUUGGGGUGGGGGACAGGCGGCGACGGGGUGGGGUUGGUGGUUGUUGUGGAGGUAGUGCGGGCGGCGGGGACGGCGGUGGUGACGGUGAUGGAGGUGGAGGAUGGGGUGUUUGAGCGGUGGGAGGAGAGGUUGGUGGUGGAUAUGCGGGGGGAGGGGGAGGGGGAGGAGGCUGGCGAUAGGGGCCCGGACCGGUAUAGUGGGGGAGGAGGCUUGGAGGCUGCGGUGAGGAAGGUGGUGGAAUAUGUGCCGGAGGGGCGGCGGGUGGACAAGGUGGUUGUGCAUGGGGAUGGGUGGAGGAUGCGGGGCGUGAGGGAGGCGCUGGUGAGGGGUUUGGGUGAGGAGCGGUUGGUUGCGGAGGCGCUUGAUGGACCUGAGGACGAUGGUCCCGGGGUGGCGGUUGAUCCGGUUUUUGCUGCGUCGUCAGGCGUUGCGAAAUUCGCGUAUGAGUGGACGCAAGAAUUGUGGGGCGAGCAUACGGAUGCGGCGUCAAGAUGCACGUCCAAGUCUGAUCUGUACGAAGAUAAGUGGUGGAGAGAGUUGUAG